UUGUAGUAGUGUAUCGUAAAUAAAUUAAAACUGAAAAUCAUAUCCACCAAUGAUUAACGGUUUUUUGUUGAAUUCAUAUCCAACGCAACGCAACUCAAAUCAGCAUCACUCAUCGGAAACGGAAAUAGAAGACGACAUUUAAAUGAAAUAUGUACUGCCAAUUAAAUUGUAUUCAUAAAUUAUUACUUUAAAAUUUAGCAAGGCAAUAAAUUACAUAAUAUACAGUAAAAAGUAAAAAAAAAUACAAGAGAAAAACAUACGAUUUAAUACAAUACGAAAACAUUCCCAUUUAAUAGAGAAUUUGUGAAAUGGAAAAAGAGACAGAUUUGUAUCGUGAUACCUUGGUGCGAUAUUUGGGUUAUGCCAAUGAAGUUGGAGAAUCUUUUCGCAAUUUAGUAUCGAAAAAUGUUGUUAGGGGCAGUUAUGUUGUAGCUACUGGUUAUGCUGUGGCUGAUACUAUUGAUAAAACUUAUAAAGAUUUUAAACAAAGUUCCUCUGUCAGCAGUGCGGGUAUUACAGCUGUAGAUGUCUUCCUCUGGCAAAUGUUAGCCUCUGUUUCAAUUCCGGGUUUUACCAUUAACCGAAUUACUUAUUUCAGUGGAAAACUGCUACGCAAAGUUAACGCCAAAAAAUCUGUUGUGAAAUUUCUACCGGUUGCUAUUGGUUUGUCUUCCAUACCAUUCAUUAUACAUCCCAUUGAUAAUUUUACCGAUUAUUUAAUGGACAAUACUUAUCGUAAAUUUUUUAAGAAAGCUUGAAUAAAAUUUCCAUUAUUUAUUGUAAAUUAAAUACAAGUACAUCAGCGCUCGUACAAAUAACAUUAACAAAACAUAAUUUAUUUUUAAAACAAACACCGCAUUUGUGGUCUAGUGCAAUUUAGCCAAAUAAUUAUAAAAAUAUAUAUGUACCUACAAAAAAAAUAUGCAUCUACAUAUGUAUAUAAAAACAUUAAAAUUUAUUAAGCAAUAUUUAGUACAAAACUGUGUAAACAUAAUUUCUAAUUAUAGUUUAUAAAUAAUUAAAAUGCAAACCUAAAUAAAGACAUUGAAAUAAAAGAAACCAAAA